AUGAUAAGACCUCUCGGUGUACGGUUGCGAAGUGUGGGGCUUAACCGAGAAUUCCAUUUACCAGCGUCUCCAAUCAAUUCAGUCUACAAUUCUCCCUACGUGGUUUGCUCUGAUUCAGGAUCGGCCUUACAUGCCUUGGAACACCCCUAUUCAGAUGAUCCUGGUGUGCAGGAGGUGCUGGCGUCACUGGGGAGCCUCCAACUGCAGGGAAAGAGCGUUUACUUCGUCUGGGUUCCUGGACAUGUAAAUAUUAAAGGAAACCAUUUGGCAGAUGAAGCUGCAAAAGAAGCAGCCAUUACAGGCCUUCAAAUCAGGAACGUUCCAAAGGGUGAUAUGACUGUAGUUUACAAGUCAAAAGUUAAGGGUCAAUGGGAACAGGUCUGGAUUAACAUAUCUGAAAACAAACUACGGGAAAUAAAGAACUCUGUAGAUGCGUGGCCUACUUCAUUCAGAAAUAGUAGAAGGGAAGAAGUGGUUCUUGCACGGUUGAGGAUUGGACACUGUAGAGCCACUAAGGGUCAUUUGAUGGGGCGAGAGGCACCUCCAAUUUGCGGAAUGUGCAAUCAAAUCGUCACAAUCAAACAUAUACUUAUGUCAUGCUCAUUAUAUGCAGCCCAUAGACGUCUACACUCCUUGCCUAUAAGCAUCCAAGAAAUGCUAGGCGACAACAAUGAUAGUAUACGUAAUUUGUUUGAUUUUCUCAAAUUAGUAAAUCUACUCGACAAAAUAUGA